AGGAAAGCCACGUGAAAUAGAUAGUUCUAAAUUCUAAAAUGAUGGAAAAAAAAUAAGGGAAACUAGGUAGGAAAGAGAGCAAAUGAAAGAAUUGAUGAAAGUGAGAGUAUUAAACUCAUGAUUUAUAUGUUUAAAGGAAUCUCUUCAGACGUGGGCUUCGCGAAAGAUCCGCCGAUGUUUCUGCUCUUUUUUACUCUUUUUUUCAUCCGCCAACUCUCAAUCCCAAGGUAUACAUUCAUAAUUUAUCCGAUUAUAUGUGCAAUUAGCUUAGCCUUUUUUUUUUCUUCCCUUUUUUUUUUUAUGGGUGCAAUUCAUUAUGUCUAUUAUGUAAGUAUGUUUCAAGGGUACACCUAGAGAUAUCGGGUUAUAAAUGAGCAAAAGAAUAGCCUUAGAUAGGACACUGAACAUUAGGUGUGUUUGAGAAUAGAUAUGAUUUAUUUAUUUUGAUUUUGCGUUCUGAUUGAAUUAAUUUGUGUUGAUUAUUUAUUUUUUCCAUAACCUAAAAAAAAAAAAGAUUUUUUUAUAAACUUGUUGAUAAUUUAACCCUUUUAAGCCACACAUCUAUCAAUGCCAUAAAAAAAUCUUUUUAACAAAACACCUACAUCAUCAUCCCUUUAGUAUAAGUACCUUCAAACCUUAAUUGAGUUCCCAACAAAUAGGUCUUUCCCUCAAAAACCAAACUCACCUAGCUUGUUCAUCAUAGUUAGGGUUUGAGCCAAACUCUAUAUAGCUAGAAAUCAACUCAAAAACUCAACUAAAUUAGAAAAUACACUAGUAGAAAAUCUUGUUCCCUCUAAACCUUUUUUAAGUAACUAGCUUUGCUAUUUCUAGGCAUGGCACUUGCAAAAGAUCAUCAUCAAACACCCUCUUGUUCUUUUUAUAGUAAUAUGUUAGAAGCCGGUUCAUCGCUUCAAUUCCCUCAUAUUUCCCCUUCUGGAUUUGAUAAUUUUAAUAAAAAACGAGAAGGCGAUGCCCUAGAAAGCCCUAGUAGCAAUAGUAAGAUAAUAAUGAACAAUAAUACUCAAGUUAUGAGCCCUUCACCACCCCUAUCUAGCUCAACUAGUAGUGCUAAUUCUAGCAACGGCGGUAGCUUUGUGAUUCAACACCCUCAAGCUUCAAAUUAUCAACCUCAUGAGGAAGCUCACUCCUUGAUUAACUUCAAAGCCGGGUACGAAAGCUUGAUGCAUAGUGGUGGAUCAUUACUUAGCUUCCAACAAGAGGAUAAUACUACUUUUAGUAAUGAUCAUCACCACUAUCAUCCAAUGUGGGAGGCUAGUAGUAGUAGUGGUAUGAGUCAUGAUCACCUCAAAUUAAUGAAAAAUUGCACCUCAAACUUGCGCCUUUUGGAAGAGGUUAACUGCUUACAAACCGCAAGUGAUGGUGGCUAUCAAGAUGAAGCUAAUGAAUGGCUCUACACCGAGGCCAUAACCGAUCCUCCUCAAGAGUCUGGAACACCACAAACAUGCUUCAACAAGAGACCUCAUAUGGAGGAAGAAAACAUGCAAGCCUCCAAGAAGCAGUGCACAAGUGCCUCAAAAAAGUCUGCAAAAACCAAAUCUUCAACCUCAAAGGAUCCCCAAAGCAUCGCUGCAAAGAACCGACGAGAGAGAAUCAGUGAGAGGCUAAAAAUUCUCCAAGAUCUUGUACCUAAUGGCUCCAAGGUUGAUUUGGUGACCAUGCUAGAAAAGGCUAUAGGCUAUGUCAAGUUCCUACAAUUGCAAGUAAAGGUAUUGGCAACCGAUGAAUUUUGGCCCGUGGCAGGCGGAAAAGCUCCUAACAUCUCACAAGUAAGGGAAGCCAUUGAUGCAAUUCUUUCAACCCAAAGACCAGAAGGAACAACAAGCUAAGUUAAGCCAAGAUGAAGCUCGAUCGAUCAAAGUAGGAUGAAAGAGAGAGGAGAAAACACAUUUCCAAGGAUGUAAGAAUAUGAAGUAAAGAAGAGACAAAAGGAAUUGAAAAAAUAGUAAAGAAAUAAGAAGUCAUAGGGACAAAGUUCUCAGACAAAUUAAUUACAAGUAGUAGCAAAAACCUAGGUAGUUCUACUUGAAAGUUUUUGGUUAGAUUCCAUCAAGGAGACAAAAGAUAUAUAUUGUCUAAUUAAUGUUUAUUAAUUUGUUUGUAUUUCCUAAUAUAACUUUUUUCUUCCUGCACUUGAAAAUCAUAAAUGUAAUGCCAAAAUUUCAAGCUGUUGUUUGAGUUUGAGAUUUUAUGAAUAAGAUCGAGAACUUGCA